UCGUCGAAGUCGGAACAUCAACAUUCAUUAUCAUUACAAACGAUGGUGAAAAAAUUUUGCUUUAAACUUAAUAAAAGUAAACAUUGCAACAAUUAUUCUACCAAAUCAAAAUACAAAGAUGAAGACAGUGAUGCCGGUUGGCAAACAGAUCAAGUGAAGAGUGACGUUAAAGACGGCACAACAUUACAAGCUGCUGCCAAAUGGACGUUUUUGGAAUAUUUCAAAGAAAGUUCAAUUCAUGGAUUCAAAUAUAUUGGUAAUCGUCACAAGCACUCAAUUCCUGACAGAAUCAUCUGGAUAUUAGCUCUCGUUAUAUCAGUUAUAACAUGUUAUUUUUGUAUCAGAGAUAUAUGGGAUCAACGUACUAAUAAUCCAGCAAUUGUAUCAUUUAAUGCAAAGCAAACGCCCGUUUGGAAAAUUCCAUUUCCAACAGUUACAAUAUGCCCAGAAACUAAAACUGAUAUUGAAAUUUUUAAUUUUACAAAAACCACUUGGAAGAUUGAGGAACAUAAAAACUUAACGGAAAAAGAGCAAUUUUAUUGGGCGGCAAUAUCUCAAAUUUGUCAACUAAAUUAUCUUAACGUCAGUUUACCUAGUGAUGAAGAUUUUGCCAAUGCCACUGAUUUAAUUGAAGCAAUGGCACAAAUGGAAUCAGUAUCUAAUGACACAUUUAUAGAUUUCUGCGAUUGGAGAAAUGAAGAAAUCUGCAUUAAUAAAUUUCAAAAGGUUAUAACUGAAGAUGGAAUCUGCUAUAGUUUUAAUUCACUGAAAUCAAAUUACUAUCGCGAUGAAUUAAAAGACGCGCAGAUCCAGAAUGAAGACUUUUACGAUGUCACCAAUGAUCCCACUAUUGAAUGGAAUGUGGAAAAAGGCUUUAAUGAGACCAAAAAUGAAACUUCUUUUCCUAGACGGUCUCUGGGAUCUGGUGAUGGAGAAGGUGUUGAUUUAAUAGUACUUUCGUUCAAGCAAGAUACGGAUUUGUUGUGUCGGAAUUAUGUUACGGGAUUUAAAGUAAUUUUGAGUACUCCAGGAGAAGAGCCCCAAGUUUUUAAAAAUUUUGUGAAUGUUCCAUUUGCAAAAUCAGUUGUGGUUUCCAUUAAACCAAAAAUUUUGGAUGCUUAUGACGGACUUCAAGCUUAUGCCCCACAUAAACGGCAAUGCUACUAUCAAAACGAACGACCAUUGAGAUAUUUUAAGUUCUAUAACCGACCCAAUUGUGAACUUGAAUGCAUAGCAAAUAUAACUCUAGAACGGUGCGGAUGCGUUAAGUUUUCAAUGCCAAGAAACUCAUCUCAUCGAGUAUGCGGAACAAAAAAAAUAUCGUGUAUGUCACAAGCAAAAAGAUAUGUAGACAAAAUUAAUUUUGAUAGAUCAAACCAUGGUCAGGAAUCACUUGAUUCUAGAACUUUAUGCGACUGUCUGCCAUUGUGUACGAGCGUUCAAUAUAAGCCAGAAAUUUCUAGUCAAAUUGAUUUGGACUAUGUUGCAGUAAUGCGUGCUUAUAAAAUGUCUAAGGUCUUAACUGAAUACCCUGGAUUGGAAUGUACACAAAUUAAGAUACAUUUUAAAGAUGAUCGCUUCAAUGGCUUAAAACGAGCGGAAUUUUGUAGCAUAUAUGAUUUUAUCGCCAAUUGCGGUGGAUUGUUGGGCCUUUUUAUGGGAAUUUCAAUUUUAAGUCUGGUGGAAGUUGUGUAUUUUUGUACACUCAAAUUAUGGACCAAUUUGAAAAUAAGGAAGCUUAGAAACCGUCAACGUAGAAAAUGUAAAGAAUUCAAAGUCAACUGUUCGAUAACAAACUAUAGACAAAACUUUGUCAUAUUCCUUAAAACAAUGGCAUCUUCAAACAUCUAUUCUGGAAUCCGAGCAAUGCUCAUGAUAGUUGUGUGUCUUGUAGUUGUAAACCUUUCACUCGGAGAACAAAGGUUAUGUGGUAAUAAACUACGGAAUGUCAUCGAACUGAUGUGUCCAAAUGGAGUCAAUGGAUAUAAGGAAAAGAGAAACUCACUUUCAAUGGAUGAGGAAUUAAGCACCGAAAACACUGAAGAAGACUUUAAUUUCGGUUUGAGUCUGGAUAUGUUACCAUUGAUGGAUAACAGUGACAGUGGGAUUGCCAAAAUUCGACGUAGGAGACACGGAAUUGCACACGAAUGCUGCGAUAAGCCUUGCAGUAUAAAAGAAAUCGGCAGUUUCAUGGGAGUCAAAAUAUUAUUCGCAUUCAUUUGGAAAUCGUGGAAGUCGGAACAUCAACAUUCAUUACUUACGAUGGUGAAAAAAUGUUGCUUCAAGCUUAAUAAAAGUAAACAUUGUCUUAACCAUUCUGCCAAAUCAAAAUACAAAGAUGAAGAUAGUGAUGCCGGUUGGCAAGCAGAUCAAGUGAAAAGUGGCUUUAACGAAGGAGCAACAUUACAAGCUGUUGCCAAAUGGACAUUUUUGGAGUAUUUCAAAGAAAGUUCAAUUCAUGGAUUCAAAUAUAUUGGCAAUCGUCACAAGCACUCAAUUCCUGACAGGAUAAUCUGGAUAUUGGCUCUCGUAUUAUCAAUUAUUACAUGUUAUUUUUGUAUCAGAGAUAUAUGGAAUCAACGUACUGAUAAUCCAGCAAUUGUAUCAUUUAAUGCAAAGCAAACACCCGUUUGGAAAAUUCCAUUUCCAACAGUUACAAUUUGUUCAGAAACUAAAACUAACACUGAAAUAUUCAAUUUUACAAAAACCACUUGGAAGAUUGAUGAACACAAAAACCUAACUGAAAAAGAGCAAUUUUAUUGGGCGGCAACAUCACAAAUUUGUCGACAACAAGAUUUUAGCUUAACUUUACCCAAAGAUGAAGAUUAUGCCAAUGCGACAGAUUUGAUCGAAGCUAUGACACAAAUGACAUCAAAGUAUAAUGGCACAUUUAUAGAUAACUGCGAAUGGAGAAAUGGUGAAUAUUGCUUUGAUCAAUUUCAAAGGGUUAUUACUGAAGACGGAAUCUGCUAUAGUUUUAAUUCACUGAAAUCAAAUUACUAUCGCGAUGAAUUGAAAAACGCCGAGUUCCAGGAUGAAGACUUUUAUAAUAUCACCAAUGAUCCCACUAUUGAAUGGAAUGUGGAGAAAGGCUAUAAUAAGACCAACAAUAAAAAUUCAUUUCCUAGACGUUCUCUAGGAUCUGGUGAAGGUGAAGGUAUUGAUUUAAUAUUAAAUUCUUUCAAACAUGAUACGGAUUUUUUGUGUCGGAAUUAUGUUACGGGAUUUAAAUUAAUUUUGAGUACUCCAGGAGAAGAGCCCCAAGUUUUUAAAAAUUUUUUGAAUGUUCCAUUUGCAAAAUCAGUUGUGGUUUCCAUUAAACCAAAAAUUUUAGAUGCCUAUGACGGACUACAAGCUUAUGCGCCACAUAAGCGUCAAUGUUACUAUCAAAACGAACGGCCAUUGAGAUAUUUUAGGUUCUAUAACCAGCCCAAUUGUGAACAUGAAUGCAUGGCAAAUAUAACUCUUGAACGGUGCGGUUGCGUUAAGUUUUCAAUGCCAAGAAACUCAACUCAUCGAGUAUGUGGUACAAAAAAAAUAUCGUGUAUGUUGCGAGCAAAAAGCUACGUGGACGAAAUUAAUUUUGAGAGAUCAAACAAUCAUCAAGAAUCUUCUGAUCCUCAAACUGUAUGCGACUGUCUGCCAUUGUGUACUAGCAUUCAAUAUAAGCCAGAAAUGUCUAGUCAAAUUGAGUUUGAUUAUGUUGGAGUGAUACGUGCUUAUAAAAUGUCUGAGUUCCUUAUUGAAAAUCCUGGAUAUGAACUAACGCAAAUUAAGAUACAUUUUAAAGAUGACCGUUUCAAUGGUUUAAAACGAUCGGAAUUAUGUAGCAUAUAUGAUUUUAUCGCCAAUUGUGGUGGAUUGCUGGGUCUUUUUAUGGGAAUCUCAAUUUUAAGUUUAGUUGAAGUAGUAUAUUUUUUUACUCUUAAAUUAUGGACCAAUUUGAAAAUAAGGAAGCUUAAAAAUCUUCAACCUAGAAAAUUUAAAGAAGAACCAUGAAAUAUUUUGUACGCAUUUUAAUUAAUUCUUUAAUAAAAAAUAAAUUACGAAACAAA